UGGGUGGUGAACCCUCCCGCAGUGGCGGCGGCAAACCCUGCCCCGGCCCAGAACCUGCAGGUGCAGACGGUGACGCCGCAGCUGCUGCUCAAUGCCCAGGGCCAAGUCAUCGCCACGCUGGCCGGCAGCGCCAUCCAGGCAGCCGCCGUCAAGAAAACCGGCACCCCCGAGCCCCCCGCCAAGACUGAGGUGCAGCCCAUCCAGCCGGCCCCGGCUCUCUCCCAGCCGGCCGUGGUGAUGGCAAACCCUGCCCCGGCGGCGAAGGCGUCCUCCACGCCCGUCCCCAUCACCUGCUCGGAGACCCCCACCGUCAGCCAACUGGUCUCCA